GUGAACACAACUGCCUGCUUCGAACUUUAUUUUAUUUUAUUUUUUUUUGUAUUUAUUCAUCGCACGUCGAAGAGAGACGGUUCAUUAAAAAAUUAUUAUUUAAAUAUUUUUGUGAUAAAAAAUCGAGUGUUUUAAAAAAAAAAAAAAAACCAGAACAACAUUUAAAAAUAAAAAUCCAUAAAAAUAAAAAUGGGAUAAGGUUGCCAUGAGAAACGACGACGACGAGGUAAACAACUCUCAAGCUCUCCAGACAACAAACAACAAACAAAAGCGUUAAAUAAUCCACAAUUUUUGUAAAAACAAACCGAGAGAGGCUUAACUAUUUUUGUUACAACACACCAUUAUUAUUUACAAAAGUGAAUGAAACAACAACGCAAUUCUCAUCAGUCACUAGAAAAUAAUUUUAGUAAUAAAAAAGAAAAAAAAAGUGCAACACUCAUUAUUUAUUAUUACAUUACUAAAUAGAUGUGUCGUAGUUAAUAAAUUUAAUAAUAAUUUAAAUAAAAUAAAGAAUUAAACGGGAAUUGAGAGUCGAGGCAACAACAACGACGAAAUUUCAAUUCAACGAAUAAAGCGCAAUAAUUGCUAAAAGUGAUAAUAAAAAAAAACUGAAUGAAUAAAAAACACAAGAAAACGCUAGAAAAUUAAGGAAAAAAAUAUCAGAAAAUUCAGACCGGCAACGGAGACACAGACACGCAAAAGCAACAACAAUGUUGUAUGUUUUUCACGUGGACAGCGGUCGCAUGUUGACCUUUGAUAUGAACAUUGCGGUUGAAAGUGUGCAGUACUUGAAGGGCAUCAUCGAACGACAUCAUGCGAUUCCAGCGAAAGAUCAAGUUUUGCUCGUGAGUGGCGGAGAGACUUUACAAAAUAAUGCCCGUGUGGGGAAAUAUUCCGCGGGAACAGACACAAAUCCAAUUUUCCUCUUUUGUAAGACGCUAACAGAAUGCAAGAACAUCCCGCCAUGGCCCAGCAUAGAUUCAGAAAUCGAUUUGAAACAACAAGUCGACAAAUGCCUAGAGUUACCUGCCACAUACAACACCGUGGUAACUCGUGCACAAUUGGCACAACAAGUGCACGAAAUGGCAAAAGAAGAGUUUCGGAUCUGCGAGAAUCUCGUGAUGGAGCAACAUUUGCAGCAGCAGGGAUGGUGCGCGGUCGUUGCGAAUUUGGAAGACAUCACGGUGGAUUUUCACGAACGAUGUGACGUGUUUUUUCGGGGAUUUGACGAGCACUUAGACAAGAGAAAUGAACAUUUGGAUUAUCUUAAAAAUUUCAACGACGACUUAUCCAAACUAGCGAAAAUUCCAAUUCUGCCGGGAUUGUUGCACUGUGCGGAAAACAAGCGUUUUAGUGCGUUUGACGAAGUUUAUGACGAUGCGGACUUUAACAAGUCGAAUAAUUCGGAUAAAGCUCCGUCGGAACAAGCAACGGAACAAAGCGCCAUCGAGGGAACAAGUAGCACGGGCAGCAAUAAUGAGAAAAGUGUGUCGUCAUCGUCGACAAAAAAGGAAGAGGGCAAGGGAAUGACUUUGUUGCAAUGGAUAUCGGAGACGGAAAAUCAAAGAUCACUUCGUUGCAUGGCGGAAAAUUGUGCCAAAGAGUUGGAGCGGUUCAAUGAGAAGAAUCGCGAUGAUCUGAAGUCUGAAAUUAAGCUUGCGGUUGAUGCAGCUUCAAGGGAGGACAUGAAAGAAAUAAAAGGUCUCGAAGAUCGUUUACAAGGUCUCGAGCGCCUCAUGUUCGACGCGAAGAAAAUCGUGCAAGAGCAAAGUGAGUUGUCGACGGCAUUUCAUCAGAAUCAGAUGCGUGCCGCAAACAUCGGUGAUACAUCCAUUCUGCCAGAUUUGUGUGCCUCCCAUAAGGGUCAACUAAUGGUGAUGCUGCAAAAUCAUCGACGCCUCUACGACAUCCGGCGACGUUGUAGCAAGGCGAAAGACGAGCUCGGUGCCAAUUUAUUUACGCGCCUCCGGUUCAUCAGCAACAUCGAGAGUCGCAUGUGGCAUAUUGACAGCUUGCUGCUGUUCUACCACAAUUGCUUGAAACGCUUGCAAAAGCAUCUGAACAUCAUCGAACAAAUACAUCAGGCGCCAACGGUGUAUGUGACGGCAGUCAAUGAAGUUGUGCGUCGCAAGGAAUUUUCAGAUGCUUUUUUAUCGUGGGCUUCGAAUCUCUCAUGCCAUCUCCAAACAAUCUACAACGACGAGCUUGGGCGUCGACAGGAUUUUGCGGCGAUCUUUGACGGUCAUUUCUUGAGCAGCUUGUUUCCGGGAAUGAACGACAUGCCGCCUCCAUUCGCCACUGAAGCUCCAGUUCCGUUCGAUUCUAGUCUCCCAAAUUUAACUAGAAAUGACAUUAGUGAGCUAAAAAACCAACUUCCCGAAUAUUCGGCAAAAUCCAGUUUCUUACAAGAAAUGGACAAUGUGAUACAAUUUUUUACAAACAGUCGAAGCCAACUUAAAAUAUUUACCUCAGAGGAGAGUAAAGUGAUCGUUCAAGGUGAUUCGCAAAUGUUGAAACGAGCAGGACUUCAUUCGCAUCUUAAGGAAUAUGAAAAGGGUUUUGAGUCUGAAACUGACACAGAAGAGUUCGAAAAAGUAGGUCAAAGUCCUAUUGAUCGACGUUCUGGGACAGUUAACGUUCAAACGGGAUCCAAUGCCGCCAUUACUGUGCCACCAACUAUUAAUAAACCAGAAUUUCGCAGUGUAACGACCUCCGUGAUGGAAGUUCCUCUGCAAUCUGUGGAGACAAUGACGGAGGAAAGUUACGAAUCAACUCAAGCCGAAAUCACUCGUCUGAAAAACCUGAUCGAUGAAAUCAAAACUUUCUCGUCCAAUUCCAUCGCUGCCGUUCGUCGCGAGCUCGAACAAGCCAAAGCCGAGACCAACACGUUCCGUAGCCAAAUGUCAAGCGAUUGCAAGACGCUCGUGCAAACGUGGCACGCCUUGGAGCAAGAAAUGAAAAAUCGCGAGCGCGAACUCGUUCAACGUCUCACGGUCGACUUCGAGCUCGAAAUGAACGACAUUCGCAAAACGCUGAGCACGAAGCAAGACGAAAUCCAGAUGUUGGCGAACGAAAAGCGCGCCUUGGAGGAAGCUCGCAUGGACGAAAUUACGCAUCAGGAGAACGAAAAAAGUGUGUUACGUGAAGCGGUUGGCAAAUUAAACGAGGAAAUCGAGCAAUUAAAGACUGAAUUGGAUAAGGCGAUUGCAACGAAGGCGGAAGCGAUCAAGGAGAUCCGCGAUACGCACAAAACGGAAAUGGAUUGUGUGCGGGCACGUCUGAAGCUCAUGGCAAGCGUCGAUCGAUCGCCAAGCGACACGAGUUUGGAGAAAAUUGAGCGUCCCGACAUGAUUGACAUCGUGAACCACGAGAUGUUUAUGGCGCAGUUGCGCGAAGAUCUCGACAAGGAACGCGAAAAAGCGGUGCAAGAAGCCGUUGAAGCAGAACGCGCACGAAUUCAGACCGAAAGUGGUGGCAGCAACAACUCCACGAACGACACUUACAAACGAAUUAUCGAAGAAAAGGAAUCCCAGAUGGAUUUGAUGCGAGAACAUGCGGAAACCUUGCGACGCGAAAACAUGAAAAUGCGCGAUAGGAUCCAAUCGCUCGCAGAUUCCGACAUCGAUGGCAGUCAAAUGUCCAUUUUGCGGAACAGGCUCGACAAAAUGUUGGAAGAAAAGGAAAAAAUCGAGAAUGAACUGCGAAAAGUGAAGCAAAAACUCGGAAAAAUGCAAAGUGACACGAGUAAACGUACGGCAACGAUCGAAAGUUGCGGCGUUGGCGAUUUGGUGACAAUUGUCUGGAAUCCGACGCACGAGCAAUUCACAAUUGUCCAAGAUUCGCAAACUCUGUACUUUUUGCAUGCCGAAAGUUAUGCGGAUUUAGGGCUUGCAGUGCCCGUUCCGCCUGCCACGAUGCCUGCUGUGCUCCAUACUUUUGGUAUCGUCACGAAAAAGGACUAUUGUCGGGCUCGCAAGGACGAAAAUCGCUACAAAGUCUCCAAAGGCAGUCAAUUCUAUGUGAUAAAAGCAAAACCACGUGUCCCAUUUAAUAGGCGGGACUCAAAUACGACGUCGACAAGUUCGUCGCAGUAUCGGUUGUCGGCGCAACUCAUCGAUUCGUUCGCGCAAACGGAUCUCGAGCCGCUUUUCGAGCAAAAUGACAUGAUUGACUCGGGCGUGAGUGAGCAGCAAAAGAGCGUUUACAAAGAUCGCACCGGCAGCGUCGAUACCGCCGAGGAGCACACCGACGAAAUUGACAGUAGCAGUGCUGGAGGCGCUGUUUCGCGUGCUGUUGACGUCCUUGAUGAGACAGACGGCACUUUAGUGCAACUCAUGAUCGAAAGUGGCGAAAUUAGUGCGGCGCAAGUCCAAUCGACGACAACUAUCGCUGGCGGCAGCAACAGCAGCAGUCGCAAAGGCCUGGAUGACGACGACUUGAUGGAUUCCCUGUCGGACGGUGAAUUUCGUUCGCUCGAAAAUACAAAACACGAAGAAGAAUUAUAAAAUAUGCUACACAUUCAUUUCCUCUUGUUUAUGCCAGAAUAUCCAACAUAACUAUUUCUCAUCAAUUUUUUUUUCAUUAUCUGAACACCGAAGACGAAAUUCACGCUCAAAGCUGCUUUUAUUUCUGAUUUGCGUAAUUUUUAGUACUUUUUAAUGAUAAAAAAAUAAUAAUAUUAUUACUAAACUUAAAAUUAAAUAAUAAUCGACUGACAUAUUUGUUAUUGAAACAUGCAUCAUCGCCAAUGUUGAUGACUAAAAAAAAGUGAAAAUAAUGAAAUUUGAUUCCUAAAAAAAAAUAAAUCAAGUAAAAAUUGCACUAGAUGUAAUUCUUAAACAAAUAAAAAAAAAUCAUCAUCAAUUAACUUCUUUUUCCGCUCGAAACGGCUUUCAAAUAAUUAAAAAAAAAAUAUUUAAUAAUUAAAUAAACACAA